AGUCCUCUCCUGAGGUUCUUGUUGCCGGCUGAGGGUCAGGCUCUGCCACUGUGCUAUGACAUCCCUGCGUCUCUCUCUCUCAGACUGCUAAUGGACCCCAACAAUGGUGACUUGACCUUAGAAAUGGAUUCUAAUUUUAAAUCAAAAUUGUAUUUAAUUCAUUAAUUCAUUCAAUUGUUAAUUGUCCUGUCCUCAUCAUCCACUCACUCCUCAAACAUUGUUGAAUGAAUGAACGGUGUCCGUCUUUCACCAGAGUUGUCUAUGAACGGUCAGCUUGGACAAUCAGCCAGUGCAGGCUACCAGAAGAUUGUGAUCCAUUACAAAAGUGAUCAACAUAUUGAGUUCGACACCACUGGCAUCACUUUCAACGAUGGACAGAAUGCAACAUACUUCUACUGGAGCCUGGAAAUCAACCACGAAACAGACAAGUGCUGAAUCAUAUACCAACUACAUACUUUCUGAUAAAAGUCAUUUUGUGCUAUUGUUUUGUUUCUGUGAUUAGAAUUCUGCUUUUGCCUUUUGUGCAGUGCUAGGUGUUUUAUGUUUUUCAGCCUGGUUAAACCAAGUGAAGUGAGACAAUAGUGAGCGUAGCGUUCAGUCUGGUUUAGAAUGUAGUAUUGUGUGGGGACAUAAAGAGCUCUAGAGUGUAUAUUACUAAAGUUGCAUAAUGACUGGAAUUGUUAUACAGUAGCUAUAUAGGGUACUUUAUAGGGUGGUGUUUUUCAGAUGAUUGAAUUGAUACAUCGGAGUCUUGUUAUGUCUCUUCCUGCAGUGUGUCUCUGUUCCUAAGGGACAGGGAGAUGGAUGUCACCAUAGCGUCAACACGGGUCAUCAUCAUGUUCUACAAGAGGAAUGGAAUCAAGUUCCUGUGGCCCGUCCUGAGGCAGCGCACAACAGGAGACAACAUUACCGGGAUCAUGGGUGAGUGA